CAUGCUGGUUUAGUGUUGUGUACACAAUGGACCCCCUCUCCUCCCAUUGCAUGUCCCUCCUACUCUAUUUGACUGAAUUUCUACAUAUUGGGACACUUUUUCACCUUCUCCCCACUUAGGGACUUGUAUGGAAAUUGACAAGUUUUUAAAGUGACUCCUCAUUCUAUCUACUAUUUUUUUUAUUUUUUAUUAUCCUCAAGGACUUCAGGCUUGUAAGGACAGAAAGAUGCAUCUUCCUUCACUUCUGCUGUGUCUCAGUUUGGGAGCUAUAGUAAAGUAUGCUGCUGCCUCUGACUGGUGCUAUACUGGCUGUGAUCAUAGCCCGGGACACUGGGGGGACCUCUCUGGUUCUCAUUGUGGAGAGAACAGGCAGUCUCCUAUUAAUAUAGACCCCCAUAAUGUUCACAGCGACCCUAAACUGGGUAACUUUAACUUGACCAACUUCGACUCACCAAACACCAUCAAGUCCAUGAAAAUCGAUUCACAUACAGUGAAACUCAUAUUGGAGGACAAUGAAGUUGAAGUGAGUGGAGGUGGACUUAAUGGAACAUAUUCUACGAUUCAGUUUCACUUUCACUGGGGCAAUAAGGAACAUCACCCAGGGUCGGAGCACACGAUUGAAGGGCACAGAUAUCCAAUGGAGAUGCACAUAGUCAGUCUGAAGAAAGGUUACACUGCGGAGCAGGCCGUAAAGGAUUCAGAGGGAAUUGCUGUUCUUGGGUUUCUAAUAAAUGCAACAGAAGAUGGAAAUAUGUCCGGGCCAUGGGACAUGCUCACAUCUAACCUGACAGGAGCGACAGGCAAUGCAGUAGAUGUAAACCUUACCAUCUCAAUUGACGACCUGAUUGGAGAUGUAAACCUCACAAAGUUCUAUCGUUACAUGGGCUCCCUGACCACCCCAAACUGCAACGAAGCAGUCGUGUGGACCGUAUUCCAAGAGCCGAUCAACAUCAACAAAGAACUGAUCCAGCGUUUUCCCACGAAGACAGGCGUGACAGACGUUUAUCGGCCUGUGCAAAAACUUAAUGGACGCAAGGUGUAUGCUUCCCCUGCAACCCCUUUACCACCCAGCCACUCGUUUUGCUAUGAUGAUCACUGUGCAUAUUCUCCGUCUCAUUGGUCCAGUCUGCCUCUCUCCCACUGUGCCGGCGAACGCCAGUCACCCAUCGACAUUGUUACAAACAGCACUGUGACGGAUGACACUCUGGGUGCUUUCACCUAUAAAAAGUUUGACGACAAACACACCAUAAAGUACAUAACUAACACCGGCCAUGCAGUGAAGUGUGUCCUGAAGGAGGACACAGUGGAGGUUUCAGGUGGAGGUUUGGAACACGUCUACUCCACCCUUCAGUUUCACUUCCACUGGGGCUCCACAGCAGCGGACUCCAAGGGCUCAGAGCACACAGUGGAUAAUAUGAGAUACCCAAUGGAGAUGCACAUAGUGAGCAAGAGAAAGGAUUUAAGUCUGGAGGACGCAGUAGAGGCCCCCGAUGGUCUGGCAGUGCUGGGAUUCUUUAUUGAGCCUACAGAUUCAACAAAAAGUAGCAGCAGUUCAGGAAAUCACGAGACAACGUCCACGUCUGACAAAGGUCCCUGGGAAAAACUGACCAACUACCUUUUGUUUAUUACAAACAUCAACUCACGUGUAGACUUCACAGAAGAGAUCUCUAUCGAUGACUUGCUUGGCAGUGUGAACCGGGAGGCAUACUACCGCUACAAUGGCUCCUUAACCACCCCUUCAUGUAAUGAAGCCGUGAUUUGGACCGUCUUUCAAGAGCCGGUCAAGGUGGAUAAAGACCUGAUGAAGCUGUUCCCGACUCUCGCAGGAUAUACCAACGUGUUUCGGCCCAGACAGAACCUUCACAGCAGGGCAGUCCUUGUGACCAAGUCAGCAUCCAGUGCCCCGGGUCCCAUCAUGCUGCUUCUGCUGCUGGCUUGUCUCGGCGCCUUUUCAUUUCACUUGUGAGAAGGUUUAGCUGAUUGGAACUACUGUGAAGAAGCUUACUGCACUAAUAAUUGGUUGUGUGCUGUUCAGAUUAUCAAUUGUCAGCAAAAUACUUGGAGAGUGGUGUGUCAUUGGUGAUUUUCAUUUCCAUACAGCUUUAGUAUGCAGUUAUAUAAUUCCAUAAUCACAAACAUCACCUCUCCUCUAGAUUCAUAAGAGUGGAGCGAGUACCACUUGAUCUAAUCAGAUCUUCAUUUGCUUUAUCAUUAUGUACAGUAUUUAAAACGCAACAAUCAACUAUAUCUGAUUAUUCAAGAUUAUCAAAUAUGCUUAAGCACUAAUUACAGUUGUUGACCAUGCAGAAGAUGCAAAAAAGAAAUAAUUUAUUAUUGCAAGUGUUGUGCUUUUAUUAGUGGGGAUGUACUGUAUUAUUGUAACUGAAAUUGAAAAAAAUAAAUGUGUUCAUAGUG